GCUUUGCUAGGUGUUCUUGGGCGUUUUAAAAAGCAGCAACAUGCAAACCUUUACUUUUUCCUUUUAUUUUCUUUAAAGAAUCUUUAGUUUUCACACUAGUAUUUCAGCUAAUUACAUUUUAUUAACACACAUUGCUUAAGCAUAUUACAAAAAAACAUCCUCAAAACUUGCUUUCACACAGAUUGUUAACAUUUCGUACAAUGAGUUUACUUAGAUGUGGUCAGCAGUGAACAGUGAAGCCCAUUUAUAUGAUUAGAAAUUCAAAGAUUAUCAAAUAGCAUGAUACAAGAGCAUUGUAUAUACCCCUUUUAAAUUAAGGACUGACAAAAUGCAGACGUAUUCAGCACACUGUUACCUACAGCCAUUGUUAAUGCCAUCUGGGAUGUUUGUCAUUCAUCAGGCUGUGAUGUAGAAGCCUGUAGUGACACACCUGCAGCAGCUCUGUGUGACCUGUGAUCUCAGACAUGAGCAAUAGCACAUCUGAGCAGCCCAUCACACAGAAACGGUGUCAAACACAAACCAUCAGAGCUCCUGUGGACAGAUUACUGCUGCAGAGUAAACAUUUGUUUGGCCGCUCUGUACAAGCAGAGAUAGGCCUCGGCUGAAUUGACAAGGUCUCCUAAAUUGUGUCCAUGACGCCUGAUCCAUCGUGUCAAAACCAUUAAGAAGGAGACUGGGUGUGAUGAUAAUGUAUUGAUCAGAUUGUGAUGGAUGGCUGCUGGGGAUAUAUAAGUGAAGUUCUCGGUCAAAUUAAGGAAUAGUCCAGGCUUGGCCAACUGAACAUCGAGACAUAAUGCUGUCUGUAGCUCUGCUUUACCUCGUAGCUGUGAUUUGUUCUGCAGCAUGGACACAUGCUCUGCCCCUGUACCCAGAAGCCAACCUGGAUCUACAGCCAGAUUUCAUUCAGAAAUUAGUGUCAGAGGUGGAGGAUGGAGCCAACACUGCUGAGGGGGAGCAGAGAGAAGUGUUUCCUCUGCUGAUGCUACACAAUGGAGGGAGAGACUCCUGGAACAAAGGGGAAAAAGAUUCAACACAACAGGAGAAGUUUGUGAAUCUGGUCGAGGACUUCAAAGAUGUGGUUUUGAAGCUGGCAGCGGCCGACAAGCUUCGCUCUCAGGGUUUUGUCCGAUCAGAGCAGAGCCUGCCAAAAACCAACAAAAGAGCAUGUUUCUGGAAAUACUGCGUGACCAACUAGAGCACAGGGAGAGGACGUUUUGUGUGAUUUCAGCUCGGCCCGGUUGGAGACGCUCUCACUCUCCAUCCUCGUUUUUGUUUCCCAUCAAACUCUAUAUUUAUCGUCUAUACUGGUUGAACAGAAGAUAUAUUUUUGAAGCUGUUAAAUGGUCUUUUUCGUGGCUGAAAAUAAACUUGAAUAUGAGAAAUGCCA